CAUUUGGUGUCAUUUGCGAGAGAACACAAGAACGAAAUGGAUAUCGAAAAUUUAAUUAGUGAAGUAUUUUUACGCCCAGCGCUAUGGGACCAAAAGAGCAAAAACUAUCACAACAGAAUUUUGGUGGAAAAAAAUUGGACAGAAAUUGAAAACAUGUUAGAAACAUCAAAAGACGGCUUAAAAAAAAAAUGGAAGAACCUCCGGGACCAAUUCCGCAACGAAUGGAAAAAAAUUCCUAUUUCAAAAUCUGGCGACUCUGGUGUUUCAGAGGAGGCUUACAGCAAUUAUACUUCUUGGCCUCAUUUUAAUAGUCUACUCUUUUUAAAGGACCAAAUAAAACCUUGUAAAUCGGUUGGUAAUUUUGAAGCAUCACAAUUAAGCUUUGAGCCAUCUUCUUCAGAAUUUGCUUCUCAAUUGUCUCAAGAUGAGAUCAUCUCUGAAGAGAUUCACGAGCUAUGUGAAGAUGAAACACCAAAAAAAAAAAGCAAAAGAAGUUUAAUGCGUCAGAGGAAUUAGUAGCUAUUGAGCAACAAAAACUAAUGUUGCUUGAAAAGAGAAUUAAUAACAACAAAGAGAAAGACGUCGACGAGUCAUUUUUCGAUAGUUUAAUACCGUAUAUGCGGAAAAUGGAUCCGAUGAAAAAAUUAUUAUGCAGAAUGGAAAUACAGAAGACUAUUUUUAAUUUUUCUUUCGAUUAUAGUACUGAUGAUCUUCCUAAAUCGUAAUAUAAUUUAAUACUUUAAAUACUAUAAUA